AUGCACCGCAGCGUCCUUGGAUCCAGUCUCAUCUCAGUCUCCACCGCGGCCGUGAUCUCACCGAGAACCAGAACCAAGAUGUGUGACCUCAAAGAAAACAUCAUGAACUUGAGGAAGCUGUUCGAGGAGCACUCCAAGGACGGAAACACCAUCUCCACCGCUGACAUUCGCAACAUUUUGGCGCGCAAGAAGGACCAAAACCCUCAGGUUCCCAAAUGCCCUGAGAAAGUGCAGAAGAUCAUGCAGCGCCUGGAGAAGGACGAAGAGGUGGACUUCAAAGAUUUCAUGAAACUUCUGGGAGCGAUGUCGUCGGCGAUGCACGGAUGGCACAUGAACUGUCAGUCCAAUCAGUGA